GAGUGAAAAUGACGCGUUACGUAGUCUUCUUUUUCCCGGAAGCGCUUCUCCGAUAACGGAGCCCCCUUGAUCGGACAGACUCGGAGCAGAGAAGUGUUUUCUUUUUCCCUGAAACUCUCCAAAGUCCAAGGUUGCAUAGAUUUCUCCUUAUAACCGUUAGUGGGGGAAAUGAUGCAGCUUUGGUAGCAAGCCUAGCACAAUCACUUCUUUUUGGACGCUGUUUUGGAGCAUGUUUAAUAGAUCUGAGGUACAAGUCUAGUAAUUUCCUUUGCUGAUGGAGUCAUUGUGGAAGCUAUUGUAUCUGUUGGAACCAGCCCCAGUUACGCUCAUUUUAACAGCGAUAGCUGUAACAUUUGGAGCUGCUUUUCGAGCCUUAAAUUAUGGGAAAGAAAUGGAGCGCAAUCGCGAUUUAUUGGAAGCGUCGAUUACUUUGGACAGGUCCCAGGCGCUCAUGAUUCCAAUCAUGAGCUCUUGCAGCUUGCUUCUGAUGUUCUACCUGUUCUCUUCUGUAUCCCAACUGCUCACUGCCUUUACUGCUGUAGCAUCUGUCUCAUCCCUUUUCUUCUGUCUUUCUCCCUACGUGACCUAUGUGAAGUCCCAAUUUGGCUUGGCUGACCCGUUCAUGUCACGGUGCUGUUCAAAGUCGAUUACAAGAAUCCAGGGGCUUUUGUUAUUGGUAUGCAUCAGUACUGUUGUUGCUUGGCUUAUUUCGGGGCACUGGAUUUUGAACAAUUUGCUGGGCAUUUCUAUUUGUAUUGCAUUUGUGAGCCAUGUGCGACUACCAAAUAUCAAGAUUUGUGCCAUGCUCCUUGUUUGUCUAUUUGUGUACGACAUUUUCUGGGUCUUUUACUCUGAGAGAUUCUUUGGAGCAAAUGUCAUGGUAUCUGUGGCCACACAACAAGCUUCAAAUCCUGUUCAUACAGUCGCCAACAGUUUAAGCCUUCCUGGGCUACAAUUGAUUACAAAGAAAUUGGAGUUGCCUGUGAAGAUUAUGUUCCCCCGGAACUUGCUGGGUGGAGUAGUCCCUGGAGGAAGUUCUGCAGACUAUAUGAUGCUAGGUCUUGGGGACAUGGCUAUUCCUGCGAUGCUUUUGGCACUAGUUCUCUGUUUUGAUUAUCGGAAAAGCAGGGAUAUAGUCAAUUUAUUGGAACUGCACUCUUCUAAGGAAAACAAGUACAUAUGGUAUGCCCUUCCUGGAUAUGCCAUUGGACUCAUAGCUGCCUUAGCAGCUGGAGUUUUGACCCAUUCACCUCAGCCUGCCCUCCUCUAUUUGGUGCCUUCCACACUUGGGCCGGUCAUUCUCAUUUCUUGGUCAAGGAAAGAGUUAGCAGAAUUGUGGGAAGGUCCUACACCAAGCAUGAGUGAUAAAGGGCGCUCAGAAGAGGUGUGAGUUGCCGAAGUUGUAAAGUUAUUUGAAAGGUUAAUCACUAUGCUUAUCAGUUAUCGUAAGCUAAAACAUCAAUCUGAGUUAAUGACUUCUUUCCGCCAAAGUGUUACUUAUCAAUUUUUUUUGUAGAAAAUGAUAGGAGAUAACAUCCAUUAGUUGA